AUUACAGGCCAUGGAUAAUGUAGGAAGAAAACAACAGGCAUCAAGUUCAAAUGGAAGGGCAUCGGCACCAUCGGAAUAUAUGUGUACAUCGCUUAAACCCGAUCAGCACAGCAUUUAUAUGCACUGCGGAAGUGCGGGCAAUUUUCUUAUAGCAGUAUCACAAUUAUAUGGAGACUCUAGUAACUUCAAAUACCAACCCGCACAAGGAGUCAUUGCACCUGGUCGAAUAGCCAACUCUCCACCGGGCUUGGAGUAUUUGACUCAAGUUAAUCAGCUAUUAAUCAAACAACAAGUUGAACUACAGCUUGGCAAUAGAUUCGUCAUCAAAAAUGCACAGAACCAAAAUAUUUAUUGGGCCAAAGAAGACGCUAAUUGUUUGGCAACCUUUUUUCUCGGCUCAGGUCGACCGUUUAAUAUGAAAAUAUUGGACAAUCGCCAUGUCGAAGUGUUGCAUUUAUAUCGUCCAGCUGCCCUUGGAUUCACCGAUUCUAUUGAAGUAUCAACAUCAAGUGGCCAAAUUCUUGGAAGAAUCCAGCAAAAAUACACACUUGUUUAUCCAAAUUUUAAAGUGAAAAAUCAUAAGAAUGAAACUAUUUUACGCAUAGUUGGUCCGGCGGUUAAAAUGAGCUUGGGUGAUGUUGUGUUUGAGGUGCGCUCGUAUAUGGCACCGAUAUACUUCCGAGCCCCUAGUGGUAGAAUAUCAAAGAGAUGGUCUGGAUUGGCCCACGAAGUUUUCACGGAAGCCGACCAUUUCGGUAUCAGUUUCCCAAUGGAUUUGGAUGUUCGAAUUAAAGCCACAUUACUCGGAGCUGUGUUCUUUUUGAAAUUCCAUUUUGGGUUUGAUUUCUUGAACGAUCUUCUUUUCUUUUCGGUUUUCUUUUUCUUCUUCAGAAUCAUAUGUAUUUCGAGUAAUAGUAGGCGGUUUUUCUGACUACUGGUAACAUAGUUUUUUGUGGACAAAAUUGACAAGCGAUAUUAAUUUAUUACCGCAAAGAAAAUGUUGAAACAAAUACAGCCGAAAAAUAAUUUUGUUUUCGAAACGAAACGAAUGAAAUUUCAUAAUGU